GCGGAUCGCGGUCUUUCGGGCUCCGCGCGUUUAACGGGGACGCGACGCACUGAAGUCAGCGAUAACUGACGGUCACAGGAGAACCGCAGAGGAGCUGUUAUUGUGUGUGUGUGUCCGCCCCCCCCCCGGUGUUUUUUAUCGGAUAUUUUGUUUCUCGCUCAACAUGGCUGUGACCGAGGCUGGAUGUGAUCUAACUUACUGCCGGAUGAGGGGGAUCGUAGCCGUUCUCGCCGCUUUCAUCAAGGAGAGAAAAAUGGGGCUGAAUGACUUCAUCCAGAAGCUGGUGUCUACCCCACAUAUCUGCCAACACGUUGAAGUCAACAGUCUCCUGAAGAUUGAUGAGAAUCAGAAUGAGGAGGUUGAAAAUAAUCAACAUCCUGAAAGUCCGAUGUGCCUAAAUUCACAAAGUUCACUGGCUGAGGACACUCAGAUCAAACCCUGUGAUUUUGACUACCUCAGAAUCAUCGGCAAAGGCAGCUUUGGAAAGGUUCUGCUGGCUCGACACAAAGAGUCCACCCAAUACUACGCUGUCAAAGUGCUGCAGAAGAAAAUCAUCCUGAAGAAGAAAGAGCAAAAGCAUAUCAUGGCUGAGCGCAGUGUGCUGAUGAAGAACAUCAAGCACCCCUUCCUGGUGGGGCUGCACUACUCUUUCCAGACUAAUGACAAACUGUACUUCGUGCUGGACUACGUUAACGGUGGAGAGCUGUUCUACCAUCUCCAGAGAGAGAGGGUCUUCCUGGAGCCCAGAGCCAGGUUUUACGCUGCUGAAAUUGCAAGUGCACUUGGCUACCUCCACUCCCUACACAUUGUGUACAGGGACCUGAAGCCUGAGAACAUCCUGUUAGACUCACAGGGCCAUAUUGUCCUGACAGACUUUGGUCUCUGCAAAGAAGGCCUUGAGCCCAGUGGUACCACGACAACCUUCUGCGGGACACCUGAGUAUUUGGCCCCUGAGGUUCUACAGAAGCAGGCGUACGACCGCACUGUCGACUGGUGGUGCCUGGGAUCUGUGCUCUAUGAGAUGCUCUAUGGACUUCCCCCGUUCUACAGUCGCAACACAGCUGAGAUGUACAACAACAUCCUGCACAAGGCUCCAGUGCUAAAGCCCAACGUCUCAAACGCGGGCAGGGAACUUCUGGAGGGCCUCCUGCAGAAGGAUCGCACCAAGAGGCUGGGAGUGAAGGAUGAUUUUCUUGAACUCAAGUACCAUUCCUUCUUUUCUCCGAUCAGCUGGGAUGACCUGAUGGCCAAGAAGAUCACGCCUCCAUUUGCUCCCUCAGUGAGCGGUCCCACAGACCUCCGACACUUCGACCCCGAGUUCACCCACCUUCCCGUGUCCUCCUCCCUGUGCACUGACACCCUGACUGUGACCAGCAGCGUCAAGGAAGCGGCUGGAGCCUUCCCAGGCUUCUCUUACGGGCCUCCAGCAGACCACUCCUUCAUGUGAACGCCGGCGUCUCUGGCCUUCUGUCCCGGGAAUGAACAAGAAACAGGACAAAAGCUCUGGAUGGACAGUCUUAUUUUGUUAGAGGGACCACAUCGGAGCAGCUUGUCUGAGGGGACGUUACAACAAAGGCCUGAUAAGGGGAUCUAACUGACUAGUGGACAUGAAUAAUGAAGGGGCAGAUCUUAAAGGAUCUUGUGUACAAGAUCCCGUGUACAAAUGGGGACUCUCGUGUUACCAAACCACUGGCCCUACUCUUCCGCCUCAACCACCCAAAACUACAAUAUAUGUGUGCCAAGUGUGGAUGCACUCGGGGGUCAUAAAACAUCGCUCUCUGAUGGCCCUGGACCUCACAGCUACUGGUGAAGUGACAUGAAGAGAAGUGCCUGAGGUUCUAAAGGCAGUUUGGACUGAAGCAGCAGCGUUGGCCAAUGCAGAGCCAGCUUUAUCAAAGACCGACUUUUGACCAGGGCGAUGGCCGUGAAAGGGUGAUGCCUUCAUUUAAUGUCUACAUAUGUUAAAGCUGUCUUUCGGUUCACAACGCAUCGUUAUUUUCUUGUGAAUGCUCAAUUGCACUCGAGGAAACAAGGGUCAAGUAAAGUGAAACAUUCUGCUCUAAGCAUCAGAAACUUUGGGUUAGACAGCUGUAGCUAUAUCUUUCCACUUCUCAUUUCAUAUCUCUACUUUGGACAAAAAAAUAAUGGCAUUUCAAAAUUGUACACUACUAGUGAUACUUGGACCAAACAGUUAACUAGGUUAUGCUUUAACAACACUUUUUUUUUUUGACCAGUUUGUCCUCCAUAAACUGAAGAUCAAAGUUUUACUGUACUGUGUAGAAUGGAAAAAGUUACGUAUAUAUUUUAUUGCAAAACCAAAAGGUUUUCCAUGUUUUAAUAACCACAAACAUUCACUGUUUACUUUUUAAAAGUUCUGCAAAUAUUAUAAAUUAGUUCUAAAAGUUUACUAGUGUGUGUCUGCGUGUGUGUGUAUCUAUAUAUCUAUAUCUAUAUAUAGAUAGAUAGAUAGAUAUAAUACACACACACACACAUAGUUUAAAUGAAAAUUGUAUUUCCUGUAUGGCAAUAUAUUUUAUUGUUGGCUUUUCUAACUCCUUUUCAUUUACAACUAGUGACUGUGUUAAUGUAUAUCUGCUGUUUGCAAACUUUAUGACAGACUUCUCUCAUACAGAGUUCAACCAGCAAUAAAAGGCCCACAUCAAUGAUAGCACAUACUAAAUAUCAGUCGUCUUUUAAGUUAAAGUGAUUGCUGUUUUAUUGCAAACACUCCAGACAAACUAUAGAAUCUAUGAUUACAAAUGUUUUUUGUAUUUAUGCAUCAUGUAGAGAUGAACUGUGAAUGUGUUGUGCCUGUCCAAGGCGGCCUGAUCCAUGUAAACUGUAUGUACAUAUCUCUUUACCCCAAACCUCUUGGUCCCUUUUCUAGAAAAUAAUCUGUAUAAAAAUGUGCUUCAUUAACUUGACAAAGAACCACUGGGUGGAGCAGGCGCUGGCUUUUCAGUAACAGUGUUUAGCCACUGGCCUACUCCAUAAUGUGGUUCUGGAAAGUGCAAUAAAAUCAUGUUAGCUUGAAAAGAAUAAUUAUCAUUUGAUCUCUUUUAAGCAGAAGUGUAUAUUGUAAUUUGUGCUCUGAUAUUAAUCAUUAAAUUAUUGAGAGGAUCUUCAUUCAAACAGAGAUUUUUCGUGACUUUGUUGUGCCCCAUUGAUUCUCAACAUUUUAGGCUUUUGCAUACAGAAAAUGUGUUUUCAAGCCUGCUGAAGUUAAUAAUAAUAAAAAAAUAAUAAGGCAACACACAGUUCUAGAUCAUUUUCUUCCAUAUUUGGAAGCAUUACAUUUCUGUUUUGUAUUUUUUAUGCAUAUUUAUUUUCAUGCCACUGCUACUGUGUAAAGAGUUUAAUUUACAUGAUCAACUGAAAUAUUGAA